AAUAAAAUCAAAAUCAAAUCAAAUCAAAUCAAAUGAAUAAGGUCACAUAAGGACUGAAGGAAGUCCCGCCUCUUCUGACCUGUGAAGACCCUCACUGGUUCCCACACAUGCCAAUCAAAUAACAGCCAUGUCUGGGCUAUGGUUCAGAGAGAAGACCACUGUCUUUAAUCUAGUUGACUUCAGUGGAUCAAUUUCACCGUUCUACCUUUGGAAUACACCGACAUCUUUAGGGGGGACACUGGCAAAUAAAACGCUCCUUGGCGGCUUCAUCUGCGCCUUUUGUCAGCGGAGGUUCACGAUGGUGUUUAUAAUUAGACAGUAAAACAACUGACGGCGCAUUUAUCGGUCCUAAAAAGAAGCAAAAAUACAAGGGUGUUUCCCCAGGCAGGCUGUCAAACAUAGAGGGCGAUAGAUGUGAUUCCUUCCAGCUACGAGUGGCGUUUGAGAAACAAAGAAUCCGUCCAGAUGAUGCCAGGAAAGCAUUUCAAAGCUCAAGAAGUGAGCUGCUGCAUCAAGUAUUUCAUCUUCGGAUUCAACAUCAUAUUCUGGUUCCUUGGAGUGGCGUUUCUUGGCAUUGGGUUGUGGGCCUGGAGUGAAAAGGGUGUUCUCUCCAACAUCUCAUCCAUCACAGACCUGGGGGGUUUUGACCCUGUCUGGCUCUUCCUCGUGGUGGGUGGUGUGAUGUUCGUCCUUGGGUUUGCCGGUUGCAUAGGAGCUCUGCGAGAAAACUCUUUCCUGCUCAAGUUUUUCUCUGUGUUCCUCGGUAUCAUCUUCUUCCUGGAGCUGACUGCAGGAGUCCUGGCCUUUGUCUUCAAAGACUGGAUUAAGGACCAGCUCAACUUUUUCAUUAACAACAACAUUCGGGCCUACAGGGACGACAUUGACCUUCAGAACCUGAUAGACUUUACCCAGGAAUAUUGGGAGUGUUGUGGCGCUUUCGGAGCUGAUGACUGGAAUUUGAACAUCUACUUCAACUGCACUGAUUCAAACCCGAGUCGAGAGAAGUGCGGCGUGCCCUUUUCCUGCUGCACCAAAGACCCAGCUGAGGACGUCAUCAACACGCAGUGUGGAUACGACAUUCGAGCAAAAACAGAUUCUGAGCAGCGGACCUUCAUAUAUAUCAAAGGCUGCGUCCCUCAGUUUGAGAAGUGGCUUCAAGACAACCUGACAGUGGUGGCAGGAAUCUUUAUUGGGAUCGCAUUACUACAGAUUUUUGGGAUCUGUUUAGCACAGAACCUUGUGAGUGACAUUGAAGCUGUGAGAGAGAGUUGACUGACACAGAUUCUCCAAAUGGAAGAAUUGUACUAGGACUCUGCAGUUUGGACACCAGGAAUGAAAAGAAUAAAAAUGUACCAGCUAAUGUGUCCAGAACAAAGAGUCUCCUUCAUAUGUACAUACUAAAUUUAGAGUUAUUUUUAGAGAUUUUUGGGCCAUAUUUUCAAAUGACGCACAACCUCUGCGAUGUAUUGUAGUUCUUGUACAGUACAAGUUAAACACAUGCAUAAGCAGAAAUGAUGGUAUAGUGGCUCACAAGAUAACACCCAGUUCAAAAAGAAUUCUGUAAUGAUGGAGGAUGGAUUGUAACUUAUAAACACGAGAUGUGAUGCUUUCUCCGAGGUAGCGCUUUUUCUAUGUCUCGCAGCGGCAGUUUUUAACACUGCAUGUUAGGGUUGUGUAAAAAACCUAAAGUGAUUCUGGAAAUGCACUGCAUGCCUAUUGUCUACUGGUAGGACAUUGGCUCUCCUAACUGUAUUUCAUCAGUGUUACGUAUUUUGAAGAUUUAUAAAAUAGUUCAGAGUGAAUCGGCUGGUUAGCACUUUGUUGAAUGUUUAAUGGGAUCUACUUAAAGCUGCGUAGAAUUGACUUUAAGCUUUAAUUUAUUUCCAUCUGUGAGAUGGUCACAAUCAUGUCAGACAGAUACAGUACAUGCAGUUUUUAAGCAGAGUUUUGGGGGCAGGUGGCUAUAGUAACAUGUAUUGUCACGAAGGGAAAUCAUGGAUAUUGUAGAUUUUUUUUUAUACUGAAAGGACCUGAAAAUGUGGUGUCUGAUUCAAAAGUCAGCCUUAAGCACUUUAAUCUUUAUAUAAGAGUGAAGAAGGUCAUUACAACCUCUCAGCUUUUGACAUGAUGGACUGUUAUUUUAGUGAAGCAGCAGCCACACCAGGGGCACUUAAAAAAAAAAACAAAACAAAAAAAAA